AUGGCAGACAAACGAAAAGCGCCGUCGCCUCCACCUUCGUCAGCGGCCCUUGUCAAACGGGCGCGUGGAGAAACACCGCCGCCAAUGACCCAGAUCGCCAUCUCGGCUGGGGCAAGCGAUCGAGAAAAGGCGCUGGUGAGGAACGUUCAGCGAACCAGUGGACUUGAUGCUCCAAUUGUCAGCUUAGCAGGGGCCCACUCUGCAGAAAUUAUGAGCUGUCGAUUUGAUCCUACUGGUCAAAACAUCGCAGCGUGCUCAGCAGACAGGACAAUAUCAUUUUGGCGGACGUAUCCUCCAAACACGAACUAUGGUCAUCUCGGCCCCACAUCUCCCAUUCACAAAGGACCAAUACUCGAUUUGCAGUGGUCUUUGAAUUCACCCCACAUCUACACAGUCUCGGCGGACGGCACGCUUGCGUUUAUAAACGUUACUACUGGAGAGCGAAUUCGGCGUCUACGAGCUCACCGUGGCGUCGUCAAUGCACUCGACCGGGCCUUGACUGGAGGCACCGAGUUAAUCGCUACUGCUGGCGAUGAUGGAUUUGUUCGCGUGUGGGACGUAGAAGAAGAGGGUCGUGAUGCAGUGCAAGAAUGGGAGAUUGGGUGUCCCGUUACGGCCGUAUGUUGGAGCGCAGACGCAUCUCAAUUAUUUGCGGGCGCAUUAGACAAUGAAAUUCACGUAUACGACUUGCGCAAAAAACAAGAAGUAUAUACGCUCAAGGGACACACCGACACUAUCGCUUCAUUAGCACUUUCACCAAAUGGCCAAUUCUUAUUGUCACCAUCGUUUUCUUCGACUACACUCAUCCAUGACGUGCGUCCUUUUGCGACCGAUGCUUCUCGAGUACACCGGAUAUUGCAAGGCGCUCCAGCCGGUUUCGAAAACACGCUCAGGCGUGCAGCGUGGAGCCGCGACGACGGCGGGCAGCGCGUAGCAGUGGGCGGUGCGGAUAAAACCGUCACAGUCUGGGAUUUUGAAAGUGGGCGUGUACUCUAUAAGCUUCCUGGUCACAAGGGAACUGUCACCGCCGUCGACUUCCACCCUCGGGAACCUAUAAUUUUAACGGGUAGCAAAGACGCUACGUUGCUUCUGGGUGAACUCGAACGUUCUUUGGCCCUGUAA